AUGGCGACCACCACCGCCCGUUCUCAGAAGCCCGCCAUGAAGAGGAACAAGACGGCCGACUCGACUGCCAACUCCGUCUCGGCCUCGCCCUUUGACUCCCCUGCCGGUUCGGCCUCCAACACCUCGCUGUCCUCGCUGGACGAGCAGCCCCAGACCAAGAAGUCCCACGGCAAGCUUCUCGACACCUACGGCAACGAGUUCGAGAUCCCCGACUACACCAUCAAGCAGCUCCGCGAUGCUAUCCCCAAGCACUGCUUUGAGCGCUCCGCUGCCCGUAGUCUGGGAUACGUUGCCCGCGAUUUGACUCUGCUGGCUACCACCUUCUACAUCUUCCACAACUACGUUACCCCAGAGACUGUUCCUUCGCUGCCUCUGCGCUCCGUCCUCUGGGCUGGAUACACUGUUCUCCAGGGUCUGUUCGGUACUGGUCUCUGGGUCCUUGCCCACGAGUGCGGUCACCAGGCCUUCUCGCCUUCCAAGACGCUCAACGACACCGUUGGCUGGAUCUGCCACUCGCUCUUGCUUGUUCCCUACUUCUCGUGGAAGAUUUCCCACGGCAAGCACCACAAGGCCACCGGCCACAUGGAGCGUGACAUGGUCUUUGUCCCAAAGACCCGCGAGGUUUAUGCCACGCGUGUUGGCAAGCUGGUCCACGAGAUCAGCGAGCUGACCGAAGAGACUCCCGUCGCCACUCUCCUCCACUCGAUUGGCCAGCAGCUUGCUGGAUGGCCUCUGUACCUCUUCACCAACGUUACCGGCCACAACUUCCACGAGCGCCAGAUCGAGGGCAAGGGCAAGGGAAAGAAGAACGGUUUCUUCGGCGGUGUCAAUCACUUCAACCCCUCCAGCCCCUUGUACGAGAAGCGUGACGAGUACCUGAUCCUGCUCAGCGACCUCGGUAUCGCCCUCACUGUUUCUGGUCUCGUCUGGAUUGGCAACAACUUCGGCUUCAACAACCUUCUUGUUUGGUACAUUCUCCCUUACCUCUGGGUCAAUCACUGGCUCGUCAUGAUCACCUUCUUGCAACACACCGACCCCACUCUGCCUCACUACGACGCCGAGACCUGGACCUACACCCGUGGUGCCGCUGCUACCAUCGACCGCGAGUUUGGUUUCAUCGGCCGUCACCUUCUCCACGGCAUUGUCGAGACCCACGUCCUCCACCACUACAUCUCCACCAUUCCCUUCUACCACGCCGACGAAGCCACCGAGGCCAUCAAGCCCAUCAUGGGCAGGCACUACCGUUCCGAUACCGAGGGUGGCCCCAUUGGCUUCAUCAAGGCUUUGUGGAAGAGCGCCCGCUGGUGCCAGUGGGUUGAGCCAAGCGUCGGUGCCGAGGGCGAGGGCAAGGGCGUUCUCUUCUUCCGCAACCACAACGGUCUUGGUGUACCACCUCAGAAGAUCGCUCCUCCUUCGGCCACCAAGGGCGCCAAGAUGGAGGUUGGCCCUGAGAGCGACAACGAGUAG